CGGCGGCUUCGGAGUAGCUGUCGCGCCUGGGGUCGGGGAGAGGGGACCGGCGACGAGCAGCCCCGGGGAGAAACCGCAGGAGGGCCGAGCUCGUGGCGCUACAACCGCAGCCGCCUAGGAACAUGGCGGACAUUUUGCUUUUGUAUGAGCCUGCGAGAGGGAGACUGAGGGCGCUGCUGAGAUGGAAAGGAGGGAGGGGAGGGAGGAGCGGGGAAGGAGGGCCCGAAACCAGGAGGGAGGCUGCGAGGCGGGCCCGCCCCUUCGAGGCGCACUGCGCCAGGCGGUGGUGGCGGCCGCUGCCCAGGGUCCGGGCGGAGCCUGCGACUCCGCCCCGAGGUCCUGCGGGCUGGGCGCGCGGGCUUUCCCGGAGCCUGGGCUCCUCCUCCGGCCCCUCCUUCCUGCCCCUCCUCGAGCUCUUCGCAGCUUCUCCUUCUCUCCCUCUUCCUCCGGCUCCCCUCCCCUUCCUGCUGAGAGCGUGGCAGAGCCAGCCGCCGGCCUUCAAAGACCAGACAACCGUCUUUGCACUCGAUGGCCUCUCACCACCCCCGCCCAAUCGGAAAUCUGUCCGCGCCGCCAGCCUCCCCACCCCCAGACCCGGAGCAAGUCACUGCGUUUCUGCUCCGGAAUUGGCCAGGUUGGUUGGAAGGAAAAUCAUGCAACAUUCAUGAGCGAACUAAAAAAUCUUCAGGCUUCUGGACUGACUACUCUUGGUCAGGCUCUAAGAUCCUCAUUUGAUUUGUUAAAUCUCAAUAGAUUAAUAUCUGGAAUAGACAAUUAUGGACAGGGAAGAAAUCCAUUUUUUUUAGAACCAUCUAUUUUAAUUACCAUCACAGAUGGAAACAAGUUAACAAGUACUGCUGGUGUUCAAGAAGAGCUCCAUCUUCCUUUGAAUUCCCCUCUGCCUGGAAGUGAACUAACCAAAGAACCUUUUCGUUGGGAUCAAAGGUUAUUUGCCCUGGUGUUGCGUUUGCCUGGAGUGGCUUCUACCGAACCAGAGCAAUUAGGGAGUGUACCAACUGAUGAAUCUGCCAUCACACAGAUGUGUGAGGUCACAGGAGGUCGCUCCUACUGUGUGAGAACACAAAGAAUGUUGAAUCAAUGUUUAGAAUCUCUAGUUCAAAAAGUUCAGAGUGGUGUAGUUAUUAAUUUUGAAAAAACGGGACCAGAUCCACUUCCUAUUGGAGAAGAUGGACUUAUGGAUUCAUCUAGGCCAAGCAAUUCAUUUGCUGCUCAGCCAUGGCAUAGUUGUCAUAAACUCAUUUAUGUACGACCUAACUCUAAAACUGGUGUUCCUGUUGGACAUUGGCCAAUUCCAGAAUCUUUUUGGCCAGAUCAGAAUUUACCUUCACUACCUCCACGAACAUCUCAUCCUGUUGUGAGGUUCUCCUGUGUAGAUUGUGAGCCAAUGGUAAUAGACAAACUUCCUUUUGACAAAUAUGAACUUGAACCUUCACCCUUAACUCAGUAUAUCUUGGAACGAAAGUCUCCCCAUACCUGCUGGCAGGUAUUUGUUACUAGCAGUGGAAAGUACAAUGAACUUGGAUAUCCAUUUGGUUAUUUAAAAGCCAGUACAACUUUAACUUGUGUAAACCUCUUUGUGAUGCCUUAUAACUACCCAGUUUUACUUCCUCUUUUAGAUGACUUGUUUAAAGUUCACAAGCUUAAGCCAAAUCUGAAGUGGCGACAGGCUUUUGACAGCUACUUAAAAACUCUGCCUCCAUACUACCUAUUACCAUUAAAGAAAGCACUAAGGAUGAUGGGAGCUCCAAAUCUGAUAUCAGAUAAUUUAGAUUGUGGACUUAGUUACAGUGUUAUCUCUUACCUUAAAAAACUCAGCCAACAGACCAAACUAGAGUCAGAACGAAUACUAGCAUCAGUGGGGAAGAAACCUCCCCAGGAAACUGGAAUUAAAGUGAAAAAUCAUUCCGGAGGUGGCAUGUCCUUGACUCACAAUAAAAAUUUUAGAAAACUAUUGAAAGAAAUCACAGGAGAAACUGCGCUUAGACUGACAGAAUUGAAUACCAAAGAAUUUGCUGGCUUCCAAGUUGGGCUCUUAAACAAGGAUUUGAAACCUCAGACAUACAGAAAUGCUUAUGAUAUUCCCCGUAGAGGUCUUUUAGACCAGCUGACCAGAAUGAGAUCUAAUCUGCUGAAAACGCACAAGUUUAUUGUUGGACAAGAUGAAGAUUCCCUUCAUAGCGUUCCAGUUGCACAAAUGGGUAACUAUCAGGAAUAUCUGAAGACGUUGGCUUCUCCACUACGAGAGAUUGAUCCAGACCAACCCAAAAGACUGCAUACUUUUGGCAAUCCAUUUAAACAGGAUAAGAAGGGAAUGAUGAUUGAUGAAGCAGAUGAGUUUGUAGCAGGGCCACAAAACAAAGUGAAACGUCCAGGAGAACCCAACAGUCCUAUGUCAUCUAAGAGAAGGCGGAGUAUGUCCCUGCUGUUGAGGAAACCACAAACACCACCUACUGUAACUAACCAUGUGGGCGGAAAGGGACCACCCUCAGCCUUGUGGUUCCCAUCUUAUCCAAACCUCAUAAAACCCACCCUUGUACAUACAGAUGCUACCAUCAUUCAUGAUGGCCAUGAGGAGAAGAUGGAAAAUGGUCAGACCCCACCUGAUGGCUUCUUGUCAAAAUCUGCUCCAUCAGAGCUUAUAAAUAUGACAGGAGAUGGUAUGCCAGCCAACCAAUUGGAUUCUCUUUCUGACAACUUCACGAGUGUCAGCAAAGAUGGGCUGAUUCAAAAACCUGGUAGUAACACAUCUAUAGGAGGAGCCAAAAACUGCAAUCCCUCUGUAGAUGACCAAAAAGAGACAGAAGCAUCUACAUUGGAAACUAUGCCGAAUACAUUGCAAAUCACUCCUGCUAUGGCACAAGGAAUCAAUGCUGAUAUAAAACAUCAAUUAAUGAAAGAAGUUCGAAAGUUUGGACGAAAAUAUGAAAGAAUUUUCAUUUUGCUUGAAGAAGUGCAAGGACCUCUGGAGAUGAAGAAACAGUUUGUUGAAUUUACCAUCAAGGAAGCCGCAAGGUUUAAAAGACGAGUCCUAAUUCAGUACCUUGAGAAGGUACUAGAAAAAAUAGAUUCCCACCACCUUCUCAACAACAUUAAUCACAUCAACAGCAGAUCAUCAUGUUAGUGCAAAGACCAAUGAGAAAAAAAUGACAAGUUUUCUAUGCUGUAGGUUGGAACGUGAUAUUGUUGAAGCCUCCUGGAAUGUUUGAGUCAAGGGAAUUGCCUUCAAGAUGCUAAGAAAAAGCAAUGGGGUUUUUGAAUUUUAUGAUUAUCUGGCAGUGAAAGCUGGGUUUUUGCCUUAAUAAUUUUUUAAAGUAUGAAUCGUUUUGUUUUGUUUUCCUCAAUUGAGGAAGGUGAAAUUAUUAAUCCAGCAGGCUAAAUUCAGUAAACACCACUGCCCCUACCACAGGUAACAAGAGGUUACUCAUUUGAACUUUGCCAUUCUGGGCAUUCUUAGAGUGUCUAGGGGCCACCUCCAAGUGGAACACAGCUUGGUGCUCUUACUGUGUCCUUCAGAAAGAACAGGUGUACAGAAAAGAAAUGGCAAUCUUAUGUGUGCUGAACAAAGUUUUCAACAAUUCCUAAUUGUGCCUUUUAAAUCAUGCAAUAUUCAGGAUAGUUUGAAUCAAAGAAGUAAGAAGCUGCUAUUUGGGUAACUUAUUUCUCUGUGGGAAGGGGCAGGGAGAGUCACCAAACAAUCUACCUCCAACUUUCUCUUUUGUCUAGAGACAUUACAAAGUGCACUUGAGGCUGCCCCCAACCUCUGACAUUUGUUCUUGCAUGUGAUGAUAAAAAGUCUUCAGAUGGACUUAUACAUUCUGUGCUUCGAAAGCACAAGAAGAACAAAUAAAUGUAUAUAUUUCCUUUAAUGUUUAUAUAAAAGUUUAUAUGGAGCAAUAUUGCUAUGUUUGUAUGAAUUUGCAAAAAUUAAAGUGUACAAAGAGAUUUUGACUUUGCAUAUAUAAAAUAAAUCAUUUUAUUGAUUUUUACAAGUUCA